CACCUGUCCCAGCCUCCCCCCACCCCGCUAUAUUUACCCAGGGGGAGCUUUCCAAGAAUGGAAGUGGUAAGAUAAAACCCCAGAGGGGCUAAAAUUAGCCCCGGGCCGGUCCUGCCGUGGCAUUUCAGCUGUGAGCUGCACAUCUCCGGCCCCUCAGAGCCCCGUCCAUCCCAGCUCUGCCCGAUCCUCGCCUGCUCUGCUCCUUUCGGGGUUAAACCACGGGGGGAUUCCCCAUGGGACCCCCUUGGUGCUCUGAGCAUCCCCCACACCCAGAUCUUCGGCCUCAUCCUUUACCAUGAAAGCGGCACACGGAGCACAGAGCCGACACCAUGAGCCUCAUGGACAUCAACAAGCUGUUCUCCCUGCUGCAGCCCGGGGAUGAGCAGGAGGACGGCGAGGACAGCGAGGAGCUGAGCAGGGCCGUGUGCCAGGACGACCCCGAAGCGCUGGCCGGGCUCCUGUCCCAGGACAGGUACAAGAGGCUCAUCAACCGCAGGAGCGGCUGGGGGGUCCCCAGCACCCCCCUGCGCCUGGCGGCCAGCCGGGGCUGCGUGCGGAGCCUGCGGCUGCUGCUGGCCCACGGCGCCGAGGUGGACAGCCUGGACGUGAAGGCUCAGACCCCGCUCUUUGUGGCGGUCAGCAACGGGCACCGCGAGUGCGUGCGGCUGCUGCUGCAGGCCGGCGCCAGCCCCGUGGGCAGCGCCUACAACAACUGCUCGCCGCUGCUGCUGGCCGCCAGGGACGGCCACGAGGACAUCCUGCGGCAGCUGCUGGAGCACGGAGCCGAGCCCAACGUCCAGGCCCGGCUGCCAGAGUGGGCGGCCAACUCGGUGGCCUGCUCAGGGCCGCUCUACCUGGCGGCGGCCUACGGGCACCUGGAGUGUUUCCGCCUGUUGCUGCUGCACGGCGCCGACCCCGACUACAACUGCACCGAGCAGGGGGUCCUGGCCCAGAUCCGCGAGCCCAAGACCCUGCUGGAGACGUGCUUGAGGCACGGCUGCCGCGCCGACUUCGUCCGGCUGCUCAUCGACUUCGGGGCCAACGUGUACCUGCCCAGGGUGCCCGCGGACGGGGCGCCGCGCAGCGAGGGGCUGGAGCUGCUGCUGCAGGCCAGAGCUCAUCCCAAAUCCCUGCUGUCCCAAUCCCGGCUGGCCAUGAGGCGUCUCCUGAAGCAGCCCGGCCGCUCGGCCGCCCUCGCAGAGCUGCAGAUCCCCGCAGUCCUGGCCAAAUACCUCCAGCACCAGCCCUGAUCCCAGCCUGCCCCCAGGGACACUCCAGCUAAAACCUGUUCCACCCCUGGCACUGAAUCGCUGAAAUCCGUGAAAACACUGGGAGUUUGUGGUCAUAAGUUCA